AUGGGGGCCGAAGGGAAGCAGCCCAUGGCGCCGGCCAAGCCCGAGUCGCCCGGGGCGAAGUCCAGGCCGCUGCCGCCGGCGACGCCGCCGAGCGAAGCGGAGGGGGGCGACGGCGCAAUCGCCCAUGCCGUCGCAGCCUCCACUAUCGAAGGAUCCGCUACCAGCUAUGCCGGGCUGGCCCUCGAGGCGCAGGACUUCGCCGCCGCCUCCGACGCGGCCGCCGACGCCGCCGAUGGCGCCGCCGCCUGUGGCUGGGCCGUCAGCGCCGCCCGCGGGCCCGCCGCCUCUGGUCGGACAACCGCUGGCGCCUCGGGGCCCGCUUCUUCCGGCAGGGCCGCCGCCGAAGGCAGCGCCGCGGACGGCCCGGUCGGCGACCGCCGCGUCGGCCCCGUCUGCUUCGUCGGCGGGGCCGCCGCCGCCAGCGUCGCCCCCCCCGCUUGCGCGCGCGCCGCCGUCGCAGACGCAGGCUCCGCCAGCCAGCUCGCAUCCGAGGCGUCUGUUGCCCAAGGCGCCGGGAAGUGCGGGUUCGUCGGGAGGCGCAAGUGGAACAACGAAUGCUCGAUCCCCGACAUCGACGUCGCGCUGCUUUCGGACACGACGGCGACGUUCCACGACGCAGCUGCUUGCAUAGCCAAGUCGCUGGGCGCUACGCGCACUGCCUUGGUGGAAUUCCAUCACGACCAUCUCGACGUUGGACCGCCAAGCCGCCAAGAGAAUAUCAGCUUCGACAGCCAGAACAUCUUCAUGACAGACGCUGGAUUCCGGUGCCGCGUAUUGCUGUGGGGUGGUAAUGGUCUGGGCUCCGGCAGCAACGACAGGCGCAUGCGCGGCGCGGCGCCGGGGUCUGAUACUCAGCAGUUCUUUAAUCUGGAGACGGAGCAACUGGUGCAUACGAAGCAGCUGGUGGACAUGCGGACUGGAUAUGCCCACAGGGAUCACGCCUGCAUAGUGGCCCAGGGGCUGGGCGAUGCCCAGUCCUGGGGGUCGGAGCUGCGCAAGAAGGGCGAACGCCCCGUCGGCGACCCGCGGCAUUUCGCGGUGGGCCCUCGCCAGUCGCACGGUGCGUGCGCCUUCGAGGAUUAUCGGGGCAUCCCGUGGCAGCGCGCCACCUACUUGGGCGCGGCCGAGCUCUUCAACGACGGGCUGGCGGUGACGUGCGAUUUCGAGAUUCUGGCUCUGCCUUCGGAGUCCGGGGGAUUCAAAGCCGUGGACACGCUGAAGAACAAGCAGGUUCUACGUUUUCUGCGUGCCCGCUUCCACGCGGUCGAGCCACGCUGCCCCCCAUCGCCCGAGUUCCGCCUCAUCCCAAUGAAGGUGGACAGUGCGCAACGUGUGCUGGCGUGGUAUUCGGGCAUGGACGUGGGGGAAGCUGGACGCCUGGGCUCGUUCAUAGUCAACUUAGCGAUGCACAGCGCGUCCCGCGUCCGCAGCUCAGGGGGGGGGGUCGAGGCGUGCGUUAUCGUCGAGAUGCUGGGAGAUGAGGGCCGCGAUGAAGUACGGGCGCGCUUCUUGCAUUCCCGCGCCCAAUUGCCUCCCAGAGCGAACCAGGUCCUCGGCGUGAGCACGUCGAACGCCUAUGCGGGCCCGACCGCUGGACCCGACGACUGGGAAGGCAGUCUUGGGUGCAAACCGACAGGGGGCGACGAUGCGCACGCAGGAGUACAUGCGAUGGCGCCUACGGCUAGAGCGCCGUUGAUGUUCCGCGCCUGCAAGGGCCAUUCCGUCCGGCCCAUAGACCCGAAGUGCAUGUGCAUCAGGUGCGAUGCGGCUGCAGGGCGCUCUCAUCAGGCCAUUGUCAUUCCCCUGGGCGACGCUGCCAUGAAGCGGACUAUGACCGGACUCUUCGAAUCACCGAAGAGCGAUUUCCAAGGAUCGAGGGGCAUCGAACCGCUCGCCAGUCUGAGGGCCGCCAUGGCGGCGGAGAUUGCGGAUUAUUGGCCGCAGGCAGAGUUCCGCAGGGGGCGCUAUGAUAACUACAGUAGCGACUACCACCAAGCGUUGCAGCUUGGGGCGAAGGCCGCGGGCAUCUUAGAGAGCCCGGUGGACGAGGCGAGCCUGCGAAGAAGUUCGCGCGGGAUCCAGCCCGCCGCGCCCGCCGGAGCCGCGGGCGCCGCGGCGGCCCUGGGCGCCGCGCGGCGGGCGCUGGGGUCGGGCAGGCAGCACCGGGGCCUGGCCCUGCUGCUCCGGGCCCAGCGGCUCGCCGCCGGGGAGGCCGGGGGCCAGGAGCUCUGCGCCGCGGCCGGCGAGGCCCUCGAGGGCGCCUUCGGGUCCAGCCCCGCCCUGGUGCCCGCGCCCGCCAGGCGGAGCGGCUCGCUGCUCACGCGGGACCCCGCGGGGCCCGGGGCGCGCUGCGACGCGGCACACGCCGCGGGCGCCGCCGCGUCUGGAGCGGCGCCGUCCUGGUCGAGUCGGGCGCGGGCGCCAGCGGCCCGGCGCUACGAGGCGUGGCUGUGCGGCGGGGAGGUUCCAAGGGUGGACUGCCGUGGAGCAGAGGGCUUCGGCCGUGCCCUGAGCUUCAUCGAGCGACAUGUUCCCGUGGUGAUGGAGAACCUCGGCGUGAUGCCGGCGACGUCCAGGUGGAGUAUCCCGUACCUGAAGCAGCACACCACUGAUUGGCCGGGCAUGACCGUGCUCAAGUCCGCUGGUGGCGAGAACCGCUACCUCUACUACGUGCCCGAGCAGAGCGACAGGGACAUGGCCGCAUUCCGAGGCGCGCCUCGGAGGGCCAGCGCAAAUCUGACGAUGUCGUUCGCCGAGUUCCUGAGGGCGGCGCGAGACGACCCCGGCAGCCGCUACUACCUCCAGGCGCCGCUGGUCCUGCGGGAGGCCGACGCCGGCGGCAGGCUUCGGGAGCAGUGGUCCAAGGGCAUCGACGAGACGUUGCGGGCAGACUGCGAUCGCGACGUGGACCGCGAGCGCCUUGGUGCCAUCCAGCAGCGCGGGGGCUUCGGCCCCUGGUCGCGGUCUCAGCUGUUCGUGGGGCCAGCCGACAGCCUGUCGCCAGUGCACUACGACCAGUACGACAACAUCUACCUCCAGGUCGCCGGGGAGAAGCACUUCCUCAUCUUCGACCCGCGCGCCGCCGAGGGGUUGUUCCCGUUCCCUCUGUCGCACCCUUACGACGAGUACGCGAUGGUGGACCUCGAGAGGGUGGGCGCGCGCGCCUUCCCGCGCGCGCCCGAGGUCCUGGCCGGGCGCGGUGCGGCGGCCACUCUCGGGGCGGGCGACGCGCUGUACGUCCCGACGCACUGGUGGCACCACGUGCAGGCGGGGGCGUCCGCCGAGGCGUGGAGCGUCAGCGUGAACUUCUGGUUCGCCAUCCACGAGGCACUGUCGCACCCGCGGUAUCCGCUGCCCCUGCACCUCGAGCUGGAGCUCGCGCGGCACACGGAGCUGCUCUUGUCGGACGUGGCUGGCAGCAAUUCCACAGGGCGAAUGGUGGAGCUCCUUAUCGAGGACAUCGAGGGAGACGGGCGCGAACCUGCAGAUGACGCCUUCCUGCCCGCGCGCAACUUCGUGCUGUUCCGCCUCGCUCGUAUCCUGGGCCCCGGCAGCGUCGCCGCCUUCGUGCGCGAGUUCCUGCCGCCGGCGCGCUUCCAGCGCUCCGCCGUCCUGGCGGCCCUCGCGGGCCCCGCGCGGCCCUGCAAGGAGGGCAUCGUGUGA